AUGGAUCCCCACGCCUCUUUUCGUUUUGGAAGUGUUUUAAUUUCCGAUGGGGAUAACAAAAAAGACCCGGGCCAGUUACGGAGUAUCCUCGUGCGUAACCUACCCAGCCGCUUGAGCUCAGACCAGAGCAAAGAGGCACUGCGGCAGCUCUUCUCGGGGAGCGUGAUGAGAGCGAAUCACCUGCAGGCCAAUCACAGAGAAGGCCAAAAGAGCCAAGAGGGAAUUCUCCUGGUGUCUGCGAAGCAGGGUAUUUUGGGUCAGAACAGGUGGCCUGGGCGUCGUUUGAACCCCCAAGAGGGACGCGGAGAUGCAACACAACGGAAGAUUGUCAUAUCGAACGGGCAUCGCAAGCAGCUGCUGCAGCAACUGCCUUACGCUGUUUCCAACAUUCGCGUCGCCACCGACGACCGCGGGAACAGCAUUUACGCCGUUGUUGAUUUCACGCACGAGUUCCUCGCCAAUUUGGCCAUUCAACUCCUGGGUGAAACAGCUACGAUGCCAAGUACAUCCACGUGA